AUGAAACUAUUAUAUAUUAUUUUAAUAGUAUUAUUAUUAGUAUCAAUAGCGAUUAUAUCUAAUGCUUCAAUAGAGGGUGGUGAAGGAGAAUUGCCAAAUACUUUUGCAAAUAACUUAAAUAAUGAAGAAGAGGUAGUAGAGCAUUUCCUAAGUAAUUUAAUAGCUGGGUUAAUAGGUGGUCAUCAAGUUGUUGGUUAA